UUUGUUGCAGUUGCAAUUACAAUCGCCCUCGCAUUGGUGGCAACUGUCAACGCUGAGGAGUGCGGCCAAGAGGAAUUCACAAAAUGUGCGGAACCGCUGGAGAUGUUGCAUUUAACAUCAGAAUUUUCAAUUGGUGCUGCCAAGAAAGAAGAACUGGAUAAACUUUGUCAUGAAUUGCGAAAAGGUGUUCGUUGCAUACAAAGCUAUACGAGGCGCUGCAUGGAUUUACAACAGCGAAAUCAGUUCAACAAAUUAUAUCAUGGCACUAAUCAAUUUAUAAGGGAUUUAUGUAACAAAGGAGAAUUUCAAGAUGAAUACCUGAAGCACGCUCCCUGCUCUGAAAUGGCUAAAAGAGAAUUCGAAGUGUGUGCCAACCGUUAUAAGGAAACAAUGGUAUUUUUAAAGCCGAAUAAAAAUCAGGAAAGCCAGGAGAACAUCACCAUCAAUGAAAACAUUAAAACGAUAUGUUGCUCCAUUAAUGAACUUGUCGAUUGUUCGGAAAAUGCUGCACGGAAAAUAUGUGGUGCCGAUGCGGCAAAAUUUACACGCGAGUUAGUCGAUAAAUACGCCAAUAGCUUAACAAAGAUUUACUGCGAAGAUUUCACACGACAUCCCGAAAUUUGUCGCAAUGGUGAGGGCGAUGCCGGUAUUGCCUUACAUAGUCCUUGGCAACUUAUUUUUACUCUAACAGUGGCACUGUUCGUUUUGGUGGGCUAUCAACAAACCACACUAACAAGAUAGACGACACAUUAGGUGUCAGUAUUGUUGCAAAAAUACAAACUUGCAGAACGUUGUUCAAAGUGCGAUGAGGUCAAAGUUAUUGCGUUGGUUGAAAUGUCUUAAUGAUGUAUGAAUAUUUGUUUUUUUGAAAAUGCUAUGUGGCAACGGAAAUAGUAAUACGAUUGUUUUUCCAUUGAUGACUGGCUUGACUUAGUUCGAUCAACGAAUAAUGUAAUUUAUUGACUUUAAAUAUCUCCCUCCUACACAAUUAUUCCAACCAGUCAAUUCGAAUGCAAUUCCAAAAUUCCUUAAACACUUGUGACGCAGGAAAGCACCAACCAAACACCCAAUCAGCCAACACCCACAAGACAAAUUAUUGUGCCAGCAAAUACAUAUUCAAUAAUAUGUUUUGCUUAACAUAAAUAUGAGCAAUUACUAAUUUAAUUAUAUUUUUAAUUAUUUUUUAGAAUAUAAUAUAGACAUAAAUGAAUAUGUAUGUACAUAUGUAUGUAAAUAAGACCUAUGUAUGUGUGUAUUUAAUUACGUUCUUAAACUACUUGAUAGAGAUUAGUGAGCCUAUAGGCUUCAAAGUUGUAGAAUUUCUUUAAAAUACAUUUUUGCUUUAAAUAUUUUUAUAUGCUGAAUAAUUAAUAUUUGGCAUAAAAUAAGUAUAUCUAAGAAAAAUGUAUGUGAGCGUUUAAUAAUUGAAUCAAGGUGUACUUAUGUAUGUAUGAUUACCUGAUGUGUAAAUUAAUAAUAAUUUGGUUUUUGUAUAAUUAAAUCCAUAUCAACAAAGUUUAAAAGUUAGCAAAUAAUUUCAAAGUAAUAGCAAUCAUGUACAAUUCGUAAAUUAAAUACUUUUCUUAGAUAUAAAUUAUUUUAAGUUUCGUCACUCCAAAAAAUAUUUUCCCGCUUUUAUUUACUACAAGUUUUAUUUUAGAUACAUGGAUUUUGUAUGUAUGUCCCCAGUAGUAUUUUGAGUUAACUUAAAACUAACUUAUGGUUAACUCCAAAGCUAACCAUUUUGCUUAUAAAAUACUAUUCAGUUUUGCAAUGUAAUGUCAUAGGAACGAGUCAGUACUCACUAUACAUCAGUUUCAGUUUAGCAGAAGUUAGUUGACCAACAUAAUCCUACAGUAAGAGUAAUUAUUAGACCUAACAUUGGCUACACACAAAAUACUCCAUAUAUUUUAUAAAAAUCGUUUUAACACUUAUUUGUUAUCAAAUGAAUAUUUUUGCUUUAUAUUUAAAAUUUAUUGCAUUAAUUGCAUAUUCUUUACCAUGUAAGUUUUAAGUUAAGUCUAAUAUUCGGCCCAGAAUGAUAUUGGAAACAUUUUGAUACACCAUUGUUCGAGAAUUUAAUACAAAUUAUUUGAAACAAAUAAAAGAAAAAAAUUAGAAGCAGAAGUUCGAAAAACACUUGUUUAAGGAAAAAUACAUACAAUAUGCCAAAAUAAAAAGAUCUUAACUUUUAAUAGAAUUGGGAAUGUCGACCAAAAAGCCUAAUUUACAUACAUAUGUACAUAUAUAGUAUACACUUAUAUGAAUUUACACAUCGCACUUAUUGUGAAGUACACCAAAAAACACCUUAAAACCACACAUCGUCACCUUAAUAUAAGAAAGAAGUAUCUAACAUUUAUAUUUUUAAAAUCAAAGAAAUAAUAUUAAAAACCGAUGAGGGGACAAGUUUUAAAUAGUUAUUAUUUGACAAAUAAAAAAAUGUUUCCACGGAAUAAUACUAGAAAAUUUAAAAUAACUUUUUUUUAAAAAAACAAAUGUUAGAUACAUCUUUUUUGUAUUUAGAUGGCGACAUACAGAAAUAGAAAAUAAUAUUAGGAAAUAUAAAAUAUCUACACAUCAUUAUAUUGUACUUAUUUUAGUAAUUUAAGAAUUAAUUUAAAAAUUCUAACUAUUUUAUUUAUGUAUAUGUAUAUUUCUUGUUAACUGUUUAUUAUUUUUAGUCACUCAGAUUUAUGUAUACGCAACAAAACAUUAAAUGUUAUUACAUAAAUUAUUUACCAAAAAUACAUACAAACAUCAUUGACUCUAUUAAAUUCUAGUUUUAGCUAAUUUCAAUUAAAGCUUUAAGCAUACACUAUAUAGGAAAUAUUAUGGAUUCUAACUAAAAUUUGCAUUUAUUUCAUAAACAAGAAAAGAAAAUUUUUAUUAAGUAAAUUUUCAUAUUAUUUAAAAAAUUUUCCGAUUCCUCGAAAAUCUAAAAAGUUGCACGUACUUCAUAUAUACAUUUUUACAGAUUUUCGGAUUUCUUUUUCCUAAAAAAAGUUUUUAAAGUUAUAAAAAAUGUGGGAAAUUGGUAAGUUUCGUCUUUUAAAAUAAUGUCCUUAAUCUUAAAUUUAUGAGUUUUAUCGGAAAUUACUCAUGAAUUAUGUUUUUUCGUGAAGUUUAUAUUUUUCUCCUUAUUUAAUUAUGUUGCGAGUUUUAAUUUUGUAUAAUUGAAAAAAUAAUAUACAUAUAUUUUUUCAUUAUAAUUUUGAUAUUUGUGUAUAUAAUUUUAACACAAUUUGUAGAAAUUUAAAUAAAAUUAU